AAACUGUAAACAUUCGAUGUGUUGCUUUGGUGCUGUUCGAGCGUGUUUUCAUUUUUGUGCUGCGUAGUGCUUUUUCCGUCUGUGUCAUCCGCGCGCACACACACGUUUGUAUCAUGCUGCUCGCUCACUCCUACGAGCAACAGCCGGGCAUAACCCCGCGACGAUGGUAGCCGUCUCGUGCGUAACCGUUUUGCCGAGAGUUGCUAGCAGUAGUGUUUCAGCAGCGGUAGCGGCGAUUGUGUUCCGUGAAACAUAAAGAAGACGAGAAAAAAAAAAAUGUGAGAAAAGAAAUAGAGGCGAAUACAGAUGCAAGCGAAAGCGGAAAAAAAAACUUUAAUAAUUAUAGCAUUUUUCUCGCCUACUGAGUGAGUGCAUCGGUGACGAAGACGACGACUGUAGUCAGUAUUUUGUGAGGUUGAUAAGAUUUCCCGUUGCGUUUGUCACGAGAUAAGUUCGGGAAAAUGACCGUGUGGAAAAAAAGCGUUGCGAAAAUGCUCGCCAUCGCGAAAGCAAACUAUCAUGAGUCCAACAAAGAGCACAGACUGGAGCUGGACGUGGGCGACUCGGUGGUCAUACUGCAGGAAGCAGCCAACUGGUACUACGGAUACAGUAAAAGCCGUCCACAAGUGCGGGGGAUCUUCCCCAAGUGCUACGUUCACAUCGUCGAAAGCCGCACGACGGCCAGGGCCGGCUCGCUGGUGAUCGUUCGCAGCGAAAUCGUCGAUGAAAUCACCACCGUCCUGCGCGAGUGGCAGCACCUCUAUCGGCGGUUUUACCUCCAGAUCCAUCCGGACUUCAAAGCGAUUCGGCUGAAAAUGCUGGAGCUGAUCCGGCUGCGAUCGCAGCUGCUGUCCGGGAAUCUGCCGGUGGACGAAAUGAAGGACAUCAAGCUGAAGGCGACGUCGGAGAUCGACACCGGCAACAAGAUUUUGCGACUGGAUAUGGUGGUUCGGGACGAAAGUGGUAAUAUUUUGAACAUCGAUCGCACCUCGACCACGCAGUUGUACGAGCAUCAUCUGAUCGCGGUCGAUCGGAUCAAGAGGGCGAGUACUUCAAAUAACAAGAACCGCAUCGUGGAAACGAUGAAUCGCCACUCGCACAACCUGCUGCUCUCCGUGCACAAUUUUGUGUGUAGGUUGUGCGAGGACACGGAGAUACUGUUCACGCUGUACGAUGGGGACGAGAUGAAAGCCAUCACGGAGAACUAUGUGGUCAAGUGGAGUCGACAGGGGGUGGCCGCCGACUUGGACCAGUUCAACAACAUCAAAGUGCUGUUCACGGACCUCAGUGGGAAUGAUCUGAGCAGGAACCGGAUAUUCCUUGUGGCGUACGUGGUACGGGUAGGGGCCAUGGAUGGGAAAGAUACCGACACUCGGCGGAGUAGUAUGGCCAAUUCAGUGGGGAGUUCAAGCUCUGGGAAGAGCAAAAAUCAGCUAACGAAUCAAAUGAGCGUUCCGGCCAGCCCCGGUGGGAGCUCAGCGGCGGGAGAAUCGUCAACUGGGUUGUCUGGCCAUGAGCAACAAAUGAGGAGACCAUUCGGGGUGGCUACUCUGGAUCUGAAGCCGAUUAUAAAGCGCUCGGAGGAUUUCAAGAGCGAUACCCAACUAAAGAUGCCAUUCAUUCCAUGUGAGAAAGAGUCACUCGAAAGUACCCUGAGGAAGCUUAUCACCAACAAAGAUCUAGCCGAUAAGAGUGAUUCGGCCAUUUGGAUCAGUGUGGAUAUUUUGCACGGGGAUAUCAAACAGGUCAAGGAGGAGUAUCCCCAUCUGGUGCUGGGUAAUGUGGCAUUCGCGCGGAAAAUGGGCUUCCCGGAGGUGAUCUUCCCUGGGGAUGUGCGGAACGAUCUCUAUCUGACGCUUGUGUCCGGAGAAUUUUCCAAAGGGUCCAAGAGCAGCGACAAGAACAUCGAAGUUACAGCGGUCGUUUGUAACCGGCAUGGGGUGGCCAUUCCAGGGGUUAUUUGCUACGGAGGCGGUGGUUCUGUCCUGAACGAGUACAAAUCGGUGAUCUACUAUCACGAGGAUAAACCGAAGUGGAAUGAAACAUUCAAGAUCGAUGUGCCAAUUGAGGAGUUUAAGCAGUGCCAUUUGCGGUUCACCUUCAAGCACCGCAGCUCAAAUGAAGCCAAGGAUCGUUCGGAGAAACCCUUCGGGUUAUCCUUCGUCAAGUUGAUGAACGACGAUGGGACGACGCUUCAGCACAAAAGACACCAUCUGCUGGUGUAUAAGAUCGAUCAUAAGAAAUUCGAUCAGGACUCGCAGUACAAUUAUCUGCAGCUGCCGGCGCUGGGCGAUGAGUUAGUCAAUUCGAGCGGGGGGAAACCUUCGAUCAAUGGGUUCAGUUUGGCUUCGAAGGAUAGCUUUACGAUCGAGACGAAUUUGUGCAGUACGAAGCUGACGCAGAACGUGGACAUUCUGGGUCUGUUGAAUUGGUCCUCGCGGAAGGAAAAGAUGGAGGAAUCGCUUUACGCGCUGAUGAACGUGAAGGGGGAAGAGGUGGUCAAGUUUCUGCAGGACAUUUUGGAUGCGCUGUUCAACAUUCUGGUACUGAACGAGGAUCCGCCCAAGUAUGACAAUUUGGUGUUUAAGUGUUUGUUGCGUCUCAUCGAAAUUGUGUACGAUCUAAAGUAUCAGCACUUCCAGUCGGUGUUGGAUCUCUAUAUUAACGAAAGCUUUUCAGCUACAUUGGCCUACGAGAAACUAAUCAAUGUGGUGCAGACGCACAUCAAGAACGCGAUCAACAAUGUCGCGUGCGAUCGAUCGAGUUCGCUCAGCAUCUACGCCGUGAACGAAAACGACGAAACGCUCUUCCGGACGACCAAAUAUCUGCAGUACAUCAUGAAGUUCAUCAUCCGGUCCCGGAUUCUGUUCUCGGACCUGAACCAGGGGAAGGAUCGUGAGCUGUUCGAGACCAUGCUGGAGGAUCUGCUGGAAUCGUUCAUCGAGCUGAUUAAGUAUCAGAGCGAUUUGUUGAAAUCGCAGGGCGCUCUGCUGAAGUACCUUCACAUCAUUGCUUCGGAUCUGAUGCAAGUUUACGAUCCGAUCAAAUUGAGCCAACGAAUUGUGGAUAUCAUCACCAAUGUUCCUACGGGUCGUUUGAAUCAGUCCAAAAUGACCUGCAUUAAGGAUGUGGUGGAUUCGAAACUGUUCAAGUUGCCCCAGUGCAGGGCCAUUCUGCUGCCGGUCUUCUGCCGGCAGAUAAAAGACAAACUCGAGAGUAAAGAGGAGGGCGAUUUUAUGUUCGACAUCCGGCAGCAGGAGAAGAACCUGACCAAGGCGGCCAAGGUGCUGGGCGAAAGCAAGUCACAGCUGCACACACGUGAAACCACCGCCAAGACGAAGGUUGCCGAAUGUGUCAACAUCAUGAACAACAUGCUGGAGCUGCUGUUUCACAGCGAGGAGGACAUCGGUCCAACCGAGAACGAUAUCCGCGAGAUAAUGCUGAUCCUGCUGCGAACCGUGAUCCAGAGCUCGAUCGCUAUGGAUCGGGACAACCCGCUGGUGGGUAAUUUGGUCGCGAUCAUGCUCGGUAUCUUCCGCAGUAUGACCGCCAGUCACUACCAGGCGUACGUGAGGAAUUUCCUCACCAGCUUCGAUCUGUUGGACUUUCUGAUGGAAAUUUUGUUGGUGUUCAAAGAGCUGGUAUCGAAACCGGUCUUCCCGGUUGACUGGUUGGACAUGAUCAUGCAUCAGAACACGGUCAUACUGGAGAGUUUGCGACACUUCUCGGGUAUCAUCAUGGAGUGGUUCUUCUCGCCGUUCGAGAAGCAGGUAUGGUCCAAUUACUUCCAGUGCUCGAUCACGUUUCUGACGCAGCCCGCGCUGCAGCUGAAUGUGUUCAGCACAACGAAGCAGUCGAUGAUCCUGUACAACUACCGGGACAUUCGGAGGGAAACGGCCUUCGAAAUCAGGAAGAUGUGGUUCAAUUUGGGCGAGCACAAGAUCAUGUUCGUGCCGCAGCUGGUGGGACCCAUUCUGGAAAUGAGUAUGAUUCCGGAGAUCGAGCUGAGGAAGGCCACGAUCCCCAUCUUUUUCGAUAUGAUGCAAUGCGAGUAUUACAGUUCCAAAUAUAUGGUGGAGAGUUACGGGGACACCAAGCGAAACCCCACUCACGUGAAGGGUAAUUUCAACGAUUUCGAGAAGGAAAUUAUCGAAAAACUAGAUCAGUACAUUGAGGGCGGUUACGGAGACGAAGAGUACAAGAAUUUGUUCUACGAGAUCAUGUUCGACUCGUGCAGCAAUCACAACACGAUUCAAACGUACGGAAUUCAGUGCGUAAACGUGUUGACGAGGUUGAUGGAGAAGUUGCUGGAAUACCGAUGUCUCAUCCAUGACGAAAGCAAGGAAAAUCGAAUGGCUUGCACGGUUAGCUUGUUGCAGUAUUACUCCGAGGUAAACCGCAAGGAGAUGUACAUUCGCUACGUGAAUAAACUGUGCGAUCUGCACAUGGAGUUCGAUAACUUCACAGAGGCUGCCUACACGCUUAAGCUGCAUAGCAAUGAGCUGAAUUGGGACGACACUCCCCUGUCGCCACUGUUGAGAUCCAGCCGACACCUGUCCUGCAGUACACAUUGGGCACUCAAGGAGAGACUCUAUCGGGACAUCAUUGAUCUGUUCGAUCGUGGUAAAAUGUGGGAAUCGGCGAUCGAUAUGUGCAAAGAACUUUCGCAACAGUAUGAGAACGAAAUCUACGACUAUCUGAAUUUGGCUGAGUUGUACAAAAAGAUGGCUCAGUUUUACGAGAAGAUUUUGCGCGAGAAGCGCUACGAAUCGAACUACUACCGGGUGGCGUUCUAUGGGUUCGGGUUUCCACAAUUUCUCCGCAAUCAGGAGUUUGUCUACCGGGGAAACGAGUACGAAGAUGCCGGGUCAUUCAAUACUCGCAUUCUGAGCCAACACCCGCAGGCAGAGCUCGUACCCACGCUGAAUCCCGGUUCGGAGAUCCGCCAGAGCGAAGGUCAAUUUAUUCAGAUUGUGAAGGUCGAUCCUGUCAGCCGGGAUAUCCGGAUAGGGAAGGAUAAGAAGAACAUUGCGUCGAACAUUAUGAGGUUCUACCAGUCCAACAAUGUGAGUGAGUUCCAAUUUUCGCGUCCUAUUCGAGAUUCGAGUGGAGGUGGUGACGAUAUUGCGAACACCUCGUAUGAGCGUACGAUUCUGAGGACCACCGAUGCACUGCCAGGAAUUUUACGUUGGUUCCCCGUACGAUCGUCGGAAACUGUGAUAAUUUCUCCCCUUGAGAUGGCCAUCGAGACAGUGGAGUCCAAAAACCGCCACAUCCGGGAACUCGUUCUGGAGCACCAAUCCGAUAUCAACAUUCCCAUCCAUUCGCUCAGUGCGGUCAUCAACGGUGUGGUGGACGCGGCCGUGAACGGGGGCAUUCCGAUCUACGAAGAAGCUUUUCUCACCCCGGAAUAUCUGCUGCGCUACCCGGACGAUGAUCAUCUGGUGGCACGGCUGAAGGAUCUGAUCGCAUCGCAGAUACCGCUGCUCGAGGUUGCGAUUCUUGUGCACAAGAUGAAAACACCCGCCAGUUUGCUACCGUUCCACGAUCGGCUCGAGAAGUGUUUCGCCGGUAUCCAAGCGAGUGUUGAGGCGAAGUACGGCAAACGAACGACCGACAUCAAGAUCGAUCGGGAUUGUGAGGUUACCCUGAGGAGGCAGAUUUCGGCGAUGCCUCAGGUCAGCAUCGACUCCAGCCGGCUGUCGGAAACCAGCAUAGGUUCGUCGGAUAGCGGAAUUUCCAAAAGUCAAAACAGCCGACCAACCACUACCAGUUCCGGAGGAUUCAAAUCGACGUUCACAAACUUUGCAACGAAUUUUAACACGUCAAACUUGACGAGCGAUUUUUUCGAGUUCGAUCGGCUGAGCCUGUCCAGCGUUAAGCUUGGAACCAACUCCGGCAAGCUGAUCUCCAACAUCUCCACGAAGAUUGGCAGCAAAAUUCGACAAACAUCGCUCGGCAGUUCUCCCGGUUCGAAGAACAAAAAGGAUAAAACACUCACUAAGCGGCGCUCCAGUCGAAAGAUGGAUCGUGACUCAUUGACCCUGCCGGUGUCCAACAGCCAAUUCUACACGUCGCCCAUAACGGUGGCAAGUGAGAUUGUAAAUGUCAGCAACAGUAGUAGCGACCGGGACAGCGCGGUUUUUCAGAGCGGACCGAUGAGUGUCCCGGCCUGUUCAACGCCAAUUAGUGGACACGCGAGUGGAGCGAGUUCGCUACCAGUGGUGGAACUAACGGAAGAGCUCCACCCGAAACGACCCCUCCGCUCGGAGGUCGAGAAGGAGAAACGUCUCUCGCGUCCACCGAGCGUCGUAACGCCCACACUCAGCAUCAAAACGCUUACGGGUGGGGGAGCGGGGACCGCCGACACCAACUCGAUCGGUUCGGCCGAAAGCAGCAGCAAUCGAAACUCGAUCAUCACCAACGAUUCGACGACAUCGGAGGAGGAUCUCGUUCCGCCACCGCUGCCGCUGAAAACGCGCGACAGCGACUACAGCAAUCUGCCGCUGAACGAGAGCGCGCUCCAUCGGCGCCUCAUGGGGACCGCGGACGGGUCAGGUCACUACGCGGGCUGUAAGCCACUGCCCCCCGUUCCGGGGGUGAUCAAUUCCGCGUACGAUGUGGUCGAAACGAGAAACAACAGUGUGAUUUUGAUUGGCGCGUGCGAUGAGCGGAAGAGGCCACCGACGCCGCCACCGAAGCCGGCCCGGAACUCCAAGGUAUGAUUCGUUGUUGUUGUUGAUAGUUGCGUAAAAAGAGAGCAGAGAUACGGUGACGAUAACAGAGAAUCAAAAUUUGUCAGUACAAAAGUAUAACGCGAAAGUAGAUAAGAUGGGGAAAUUCGGGAGCCGCGCAAACGGUUCGGGAGGGGCGGUAUAUAGGAUAGAACUAUCAGUAGCUAGCGAAAUUGAGAGCACAAUUUUUGUUGAAUUUCGUAUACAGCAGUCGCGGGUGUCAAAUUAAGACGAGACAAAGUUUUGCAAUUUACUUGAAAAACAAAAAUCGCAGAGCCAUUUAUUUUUUGUGUUUACAAUUAGACGGGGGCAAAGCCGCUAUUUUCCAUAUUUCGACGAAGCAUUUUUAUCAAGCGUGUGUUAUUAAUGUCAUCAUCUUACGUUUAGUUACGCGUUUUGUGCACGAUUCAUGUUUAUUUUUUUCUCCAUUCAAAUUGACAAUUUACCAAAGACGAUUUUUUUCACCCUUCUUUCAUUAUCGACCCUAAUACGUAGGAUUCAAGACGUAGGUUAGUGAUAGGAGUAAAUGAAUAUAUACAGGUGAAUUGUACCAGAACACUACUGGACACUGUGGUUUAUGUUAAAUUCCAUUUCCGGUAAAAAUGCACGGAGUGUUCGAAGCAUAAGUCCAAUUGUGAGCAAUUAUUUAUAGGAUAAAGCUGUUUUCGAUAGAUAAUAUUUUGAUGCGUAUCGAGAUAUAGUGGAGCAUUCACUUCCAAAUAUUAGGAUUUAGUUUCCCCCGCGGAGAGUCUUCUUCAUUCGCGCAAUAAUCUUUUCGAUAUUCCUUAGGGCCGGUAGGACAACUGUAAAGAAGCACACAAAUCAAAUAAAAUCUAGUUGUUGACUGUAUGUUCCGUGCUAUCAUCAGCACGGUUAAUUGAAACAGAGAA